CCCAGCCCGCUGCCGCCCUCGCCUGCGCCGCCCAGCCCGGCACCGCCGUCGCCGGCACCCAGCCCGCUGCCGCCCUCGCCUGCGCCGCCCAGCCCGGCACCGCCCUCGCCGGCGCCCAGCCCGCUGCCGCCCUCGCCUGCACCGCCCAGCCCGGCACCGCCCUCGCCGGCACCCAGCCCGCUGACGCCCUCGCCUGCGCCGCCCAGCCCGGCACCGCCCUCGCCGGCGCCCAGCCCGGCACCGCCCUCGCCUGCACCGCCCAGCCCGGCACCGCCCUCGCCGGCACCCAGCCCGCUGCCGCCCUCGCCUGCACCGCCCAGCCCGGCACCGCCGUCGCCGGCACCCAGCCCGCUGCCGCCCUCGCCUGCGCCGCCCAGCCCGGCACCGCCCUCGCCGGCACCCAGCCCGGCACCGCCCUCGCCUGCACCGCCCAGCCCGGCACCGCCCUCGCCGGCACCCAGCCCGCUGCCGCCCUCGCCUGCACCGCCCAGCCCGGCACCGCCGUCGCCGGCACCCAGCCCGCUGCCGCCCUCGCCUGCGCCGCCCAGCCCGGCACCGCCCUCGCCGGCACCCAGCCCGCUGCCGCCUUCUCCUGCGCCGCCCAGCCCGGCACCGCCGUCGCCGGCACCCAGCCCGCUGCCGCCCUCGCCUGCACCGCCCAGCCCGGCACCGCCCUCGCCGGCACCCAGCCCGCUGCCGCCCUCGCCUGCGCCGCCCAGCCCGGCACCGCCGUCGCCGGCACCCAGCCCGCUGCCGCCCUCGCCUGAACCGCCUAGCCCGGCACCGCCCUCGCCGGCACCCAGCCCGCUGCCGCCCUCGCCUGCACCGCCCAGCCCGGCACCGCCCUCGCCGGCGCCCAGCCCGGCACCGCCCUCGCCUGCACCGCCCAGCCCGGCACCGCCCUUGCCGGCACCCAGCCCGCUGCCGCCCUCGCCUGUGCCGCCUAGCCCGGCACCGCCCUCGCCGGCACCCAGCCCGCUGCCGCCCUCGCCUGCACCGCCUAGCCCGGCACCGCCCUCGCCGGCACCCAGCCCGCUGCCGCCCUCGCCUGCACCGCCCAGCCCGGCACCGCCCUCGCCGGCGCCCAGCCCGGCACCGCCCUCGCCUGCACCGCCCAGCCCGGCACCGCCCUUGCCGGCACCCAGCCCGCUGCCGCCCUCGCCUGUGCCGCCUAGCCCGGCACCGCCCUCGCCGGCACCCAGCCCGCUGCCGCCCUCGCCUGCACCGCCUAGCCCGGCACCGCCCUCGCCGGCGCCCAGCCCGCUGCCGCCCUCGCCUGCGCCGCCCAGCCCGGCACCGCCCUCGCCGGCACCCAGCCCGCUGCCGCCCUCGCCUGCGCCGCCCAGCCCGGCACCGCCCUCGCCGGCGCCACCCAGCCUCAUUCCACAACCACCGCCUCCUCCCUUUACUAACUGCGUGUACUCUGGAGAUGACAGCGCGCUUCAGGAGGGUGAUCCAACGAACGGCAUCGAAACGUGCACGGACCAGGCCAGCUGUCUGGAUGUGUACGUGGAUAGCAGCACAUGCAGUAUGGUAGGGUACGACGGCAACAGCAGCGCUGGCGGCCCUUGGUUGUAUUGCGAAGUUUGCUUGUAUUGGAGCAACAGUCGUGCCAGCUGCGUCAAGCCUACCCAAGACACCAUCAGCCACGUGUGCAUGGGCGACCAGUACUACCCAGUCAUUCCCAGUCCUGAGAGCCCACCGAUAGCCGGUGAUACGCACAAGGUGCAGGACUGGAAUUCAGGUUUGCCAAACCGAUACUGUCAGUGGGCUCGGUGGAACAGCACGAACUUCAGCACGGAGACUGUCCGUUUCACUGUCAAGGAUGGCAGCGGUUCAUGUCGGGAUGUUUCAUCGCCACUCUCGGUCACUUUGCGAGGCAUCACAGCAACUUGCCAAGACCCACGCAUGGUGAACGGCACCCUUGCUGGCUGUGGCAAUGGGGACCAAGCGAACAAUUGCCUCUGGUCUUUUGAGGUUCCACGCCCCGGAACGGCUGCGUUCCAAUGCGCUCCAAGUCCGCCCCCAGAGGCUCCGUUGCCCCCAUCUCCACGGCCACCAAGCCAACGACCACCAUCCCCACGACCUCCGAAGCCGUUACCCCCCUCACCACGACCACCAAAGCCGUUGCCACCGCCUACCGCUCUGCCGCAAACCAGCCCGCUCCCGCCCUCGCCUGCGCCACCCAGCCCGGCACCGCCCUCGCCGGCACCCAGCCCGCUGCCGCCCUCGCCUGCACCGCCCAGCCCGGCACCGCCCUCGCCGGCACCCAGCCCGCUGCCGCCCUCGCCUGCACCGCCCAGCCCGGCACCGCCCUCGCCUGCACCCAGCCCGGUGCCGCCGUCGCCUGCACCGCCCAGCCCGGCACCGCCCUCGCCGGCACCCAGCCCGCUGCCGCCUUCGCCUGCACCGCCCAGCCCGGCACCGCCCUCGCCGGCACCCAGCCCGCUGCCGCCCUCGCCUGCACCGCCCAGCCCGGCACCGCCCUCGCCGGCACCCAGCCCGCUUCCGCCCUCGCCUGCACCGCCCAGCCCGGCACCGCCCUCGCCGGCACCCAGCCCGCUGCCGCCCUCGCCUGCACCGCCCAGCCCGGCACCGCCCUCGCCGGCACCCAGCCCGCUGCCGCCCUCGCCUGCACCGCCCAGCCCGGCACCGCCCUCGCCGGCACCCAGCCCGCUGCCGCCCUCGCCUGCACCGCCCAGCCCGGCACCGCCCUCGCCGGCACCCAGCCCGCUUCCGCCCUCGCCUGCACCGCCCAGCCCGGCACCGCCCUCGCCGGCACCCAGCCCGCUGCCGCCCUCGCCUGCACCGCCCAGCUCGGCACCGCCCUCGCCGGCACCCAGCCCGCUGCCGCCCUCGCCGG